AUGGAUAUCGACUACACACGACGCAACAAGAAGCCUAGGCUUUUGACUGAUUCGGAGAGGGACAAGCUGGACGAGUUCAUUGAUUCGAUACAUUAUUCGAGCAGGUACAACGACGAUCACUUCGAGUACCGGCACGUGCAGUUGCCCAAGCAGAUGCUCAAGGCGAUACCCAAAGAUUACUUCGACGGAGCACGCGGCACACUAAAGCUGCUGUGGGAAGACGAAUGGAGAGGACUUGGCAUUACACAGAGCUUGGGAUGGGAGCAUUACGAGGUCCACGAGCCUGAGCCACACAUACUUCUCUUCAAACGACCGAUCAACUUCCAGCCCGGCGCGCAAUAG